AUGUCCUCAGGACAGGAUUGCGGCCGACCGCUUGGAUCUGGUGCUGGAGCCAAGCGUAAAGCUGAAGAGGAUUAUUCCGACAACGCGCACACCAAGAAGUCUCGUCAGCGCAUCGAUAAGAUGACUGAGAAGCAGAAGGCACUUGAUCGCUUGAAGAAGUCGAUCAACUAG